AUGGAGCUGGCCUGGAGCUGCUGCUUCUUGCUCGUCUCCUGCGCGCGCGCGCUCCGGCGUCUGCUCCAGCUCCCCGCGCUGCUCUGCUGCGAGGCCAUGGCGUGGGCGGUCACCUUCAUCGCCUUCCCCCUCCGCAUGCUCACCGCCGUCGAGAGGGAGCGCAAGUUGGGGCGGCUGGUUGCGGAGAUGCAGGCGCAGAUGGACGACCUGGCGUGGGAGAACACGACGCUGGAGGACAGGUUGCGGGCGGCGCUCCGCGAGCAGGAGGCCGUGGAGGCGGUUCUUGACGAGAUGGAGGACGAGCACGAGGACGCCCUUGCCAGGAUCAAUGUCCUCGAGACCCAGCUCAAGGCGCUGAGGCAGGAGAACAUGCGGCUCAACGAGCACAAGGGGAAGUCCAAGUGGGACAAGCCCACGGGGCCGGCGGCGGCUCGCCACGGCAAUGGCGGCAGCCGCGCGUCCGAGACUGACAAGAAGCCGGCGAAACGAGGGCGGGGAGAGGAAGACGCGGCGGCGGCGGGGGAGGACGGCGCGAAACGUGCCGACCCGGCGUCGGUGCUGGCGCUGACGACGGAGGCGGCCUCGUCGGUGUCGUCCAGCGCCGCCGCGGACGAGGCCCUGGCGACGGCGGUGGCGCGGCGCCGGAGCCUGUUCAGCCUGGGCAUGUUGCUGGCUGUGGGCGUGGUGGCGUGGUCGGCCGACGCGCCAUGCCUGCCGCUGCUGGCGGGCCUGUUCGCCGUCGUGGGCGUGUCCAUGCGCAGCGUGUCUCGGCUGCGCCGGGCCGGGGACCGCGCCGGCCCCGCGGGCGACGCCGUCGCGCUGCUCGGCCUCAACUGGUUCCUCCUCGGCUUGCUCACCUCGCCCAUGCUGCCGGGCGUCGCUCACGCCAUCGUCCCGCGCGCCGGCCGAGCCCUCGGCCCCGCGCUCACGGGGCUCGCCGCCGCCGCGCCCCUGUGA